AUGCAAGUUGCCGAAAUUCUAUCCGAUCUGACUUCCCUACGAGUUUGUGAUCACCAUGACGCCCUCGCGCUAGUCACCGUCAACGACCGGAUCUCCGCCUCGAGAUUACCUUCCGAGAAUCUUCCAUCCGGGAAGUCAAAGGAUGACGACCCGACAGAUUCAGCCGACGAUGACCUUCGACGCGCCAAAGAGCUGGUGGAAUUACAUUAUGAGAUCAAGGCGCGACAUGUUGAUGGACGGGUGGAUGGGGAGUUGGUGCAGGCGAGGGAGAGGGUAGAUCGGAAACGGAGCCACCAGCCCAAACAGGCAAGAUUGAAGCCAUCACGGACCCCCGGGCGGACAGUUCCUCCGAUGUCCGAUGCAGUGCGGCGAGGCAUUCCAGCCAACCGCGCAGCCUCGUCCGGCGCGAUCAACCAAAGCGAAGAAUUUCCAAAUCCUGUUCAGCGAUCGGUUGUUCUUCUCCUCCCUCCCCCCCUCACCCCCGGCUCUUCACGCGUCACCUUGCUUCCUGAAAAUUACAAAUACCUCCCAUCUGGCUGGCAGGGCAAACACACCAUGGCAACUACCGUGGAUGCCAAGCUGCUGAAGAAGACCAAGUUCCCUCCCGAGUUCAGUCGGAAGGUGGACAUGACCAAGGUCAAUAUCGAGGUGAUGAAGAAAUGGAUCGCGGGCAAAAUCUCAGAUAUCCUAGGCAAUGAAGAUGACGUCGUGAUUGAGCUGUGCUUUAAUCUGCUGGAGGGGUCCCGCUAUCCCGAUAUCAAGUCCCUACAGAUCCAGCUUACGGGCUUCUUGGAUAAGGAUACGGCGAAAUUCUGCAAGGAGCUCUGGUCGCUAUGUUUGAGUGCGCAGGAGAACCCCCAGGGUGUGCCCAAGGAGCUCUUGGAGGCGAAGAAGCUGGAACUCAUCCAGGAGAAGAUCGAAGCGGAGAAGGCUGCGGAAGAGGCUCGUCGGCAGAAAGAGCAAGAGCGGACACGAGAACGCGAAAUGGAACAGCUGCGGAGAAGAGAGCGCAACGAUCGCAACCGGGUAGGCCGAAGGGGCGGGGCCCGCGGAGGGCGCGACUUUGACAGACGUCGGUCUCCGCCGCGGAGGCACAGUCGAGAGCGUUUCCGGGAGCCGCCCGCUCGCCGCGAAUUCGACUCCUACGUUCCCUCGGGUCCCCGUCGCGGUCGCUACCCUUCACGCUCGCCAAGUCGGUCGCGCUCGCGCUCGCGAUCGGUAUCCUCGUCUCGGUCGCCCCCUCCUCGUCGGCAGCGCCACGCAAGCAGGGACAAGGGAGACAGAGACAGACACAGGAACAGAGACAAGCCCAGACGCCGCCGGUCGGUGAGCAACUCUGUCUCCCCGGAUCGAGCAGACCGCCACAAAAGGCCGCGAAGGCGCAGUCCGGUUUACGGUGAUCGAGCUAGAUCCAAUUCCCACAGUGAUUCAUCGCGCUCACGUUCUCCCAGAAGAGACGACCGACGGAGGCCCCGAUCCGUGUCUUCCCACAGUUCAUCCCGGUCCAGGUCCCGGUCGCCGCCAGAGUCAGAGAAGGGCGCCGCUAGACGGAGGAGAUCUUCGCCUUAUUCUUCACGAGCUGAUAAGAGAGAAUCCCCCGCUGAUAUUGCAAAGGCCCGCAAGUCCCGUGACCACCGCCGCUUGAGUCGCAGCAGAGAACGCGACGACCACCGCAGGCGUCGAUACUCUAGAAGCGUCAGCCGCAGCCGCAGUCGCAGUCGAGGCCGUUCUCGCACUGCCAGUUCCAGUCCGAGACGGGGAGGGGGAGACUCGCGCAGUCGAACUCGCAGCCGCAGCCGCAGUCGUGGCCCCAGAGACAGGAAGCGACGUCGUUCCUUGCAACGAUAUGCCCCUGCCGCUCGACGUCGUCGUAACACCUCUUCCGUAUCCGUCCGUAGUGAUAAACGACAGAGGAUGACUGAUCAGGAAGAACCCUCCGCACGAGGCUCGUCCUCGCCUCCGCCGCCAGAGAAAUCAAGCUCGGCGGAUCAGAAGCCCAAGGAUACCGAAGAGAAUCGAACUACCACUACUCGAGCCCGUAUCUCCAGCACCGAAUUGCGCGAGAAACUCCUUCGCGAAAAGCUGGUUGCCAUGCGACGAAACACCUCCACUGACCAGGUAGGUAGCCACUCGCAGUCAUCGAAGUAG